CGGCGGCGGCGGCGGCGGCAGCAGCAGGAGCAGCCCCGGCUGCGGGUCGCGACGGCGGCGGGGCGCCCCCUCCCCCGUGCCGGGGCGCGGCGGAGGGAUGUGGGGCUUUGCAGGAGGAAGGCUUUUCGGUAUCUUCUCGGCCCCGGUGCUGGUGGCGGUGGUGUGCUGCGCCCAGAGCGUGAACGAUCCCGGAAACAUGUCCUUUGUGAAGGAGACGGUGGACAAGCUGUUGAAAGGCUACGACAUUCGCCUGAGACCCGACUUCGGGGGUCCCCCGGUCUGCGUGGGGAUGAACAUCGACAUCGCCAGCAUCGACAUGGUUUCCGAAGUCAACAUGGAUUAUACCUUAACCAUGUACUUUCAACAAUAUUGGAGAGAUAAAAGGCUCGCCUAUUCUGGGAUCCCUCUCAACCUCACGCUUGACAAUCGCGUGGCUGAUCAGCUAUGGGUGCCCGACACGUAUUUCUUAAAUGACAAAAAGUCAUUUGUGCAUGGAGUGACAGUGAAAAACCGCAUGAUCCGCCUUCACCCUGAUGGGACGGUGCUGUAUGGGCUCAGAAUCACCACGACAGCAGCCUGCAUGAUGGACCUCAGAAGAUACCCACUGGAUGAACAGAACUGCACUUUGGAGAUUGAAAGCUAUGGCUACACCACAGAUGACAUUGAAUUUUACUGGCGUGGCGGGGACAAGGCUGUCACGGGAGUGGAAAGGAUUGAGCUCCCGCAGUUCUCCAUUGUGGAGCAUCGUCUGGUCUCGAGGAAUGUCGUCUUCGCCACAGGUGCCUAUCCACGACUCUCACUGAGUUUUCGGUUGAAGAGAAACAUUGGAUAUUUCAUUCUACAGACUUACAUGCCCUCUAUACUGAUUACGAUUCUCUCGUGGGUAUCUUUCUGGAUCAAUUAUGAUGCAUCUGCUGCUAGAGUUGCCCUCGGGAUCACAACUGUGCUGACAAUGACAACCAUCAACACACACCUUCGGGAGACUCUGCCCAAAAUCCCCUACGUCAAAGCCAUUGACAUGUACCUUAUGGGCUGCUUCGUCUUUGUGUUCCUGGCCCUUCUGGAGUACGCCUUUGUCAACUACAUUUUCUUUGGAAGAGGCCCUCAAAGGCAGAAGAAACUUGCAGAAAAGACAGCCAAGGCAAAAAAUGACCGUUCCCAAAGUGAAAGCAACAGGGUGGAUGCUCGUGGAAAUAUUCUGUUAACAUCGUUGGAAGUUCACAAUGAAAUGAAUGAAGUCACAGGCAGCAUUGGUGAUACCGGGAAUUCACCAAUAUCCUUUGACAACUCAGGAAUCCAGUACAGGAAACAGAGCAUGCCUAGGGAAGGGCAUGGGCGAUACAUGGGGGACAGAAGCAUCCCACAAAAGAAGACCCAUCUACGGAGGAGGUCUUCGCAGCUCAAAAUUAAAAUCCCUGAUCUAACCGAUGUGAAUGCCAUAGACAGAUGGUCCAGGAUCGUGUUUCCAUUCACUUUUUCUCUUUUCAACUUAGUUUACUGGCUGUACUAUGUUAACUGAGUGACUGUACUUGAUUUUUGAAAGACUUCAUUUAACACUGAGAGAAAUAUUACUCUGCCUGUCAAGUUUUUAUACCUGUACACACACACACACAGACACACACAUAUAUACAUACACAAUUGUAUAUAUAUGUGAACUUUCUCAGCAUAUAUAUAAAAUACACGUGUAUAUGAGCGUGUAUGUGUAUGUGUUCAUACACACAGGUAUAAGUUCCUAUGUGUAUGUAGAACAAAUACACAUAUACAUUUGCAGCUAUGGACAAUUUAACACAGGAUGCAUACUAAAGAAAGUCAUAGUUGUUUUCUUUUUUAAUUGAAAGGGACAAGUAUCUAAAUAUUAUGCCUUGAGAAUGAGGGCGUGAAACACAAUAUCAUCCAAAAAUGUGUCUUUUAUUACCAUGUUAGAAGUUUUAGUUCAAAAAUCAGAAAUUAUUAGUUAAUCUUUUGGAACUCAUUCAGUGGUAUUGCUAGUUUAAAAUGAGUCACACACUUCAUAUUCUCUCUUUCAGUUUACUAAGCAGAGACUUUUGGCUUUUCUGAUGAUUGGGUUUGUUUUCAUCAGGUGUACUUUUUCUGUAAUGGUGUAGCGGAUGAGGUGAGCCACAGCCUGUGUGAGCUUACCCGUUGUCUUAAACAUAGAUAGAUCCCACGUUGCCGUCUGAACAUCUACCUAUUGAAAACCCAUCAGGAGUGAAUGGCAACUCAUUGUAAGUACUCCAAUAUACAGUAUUUGUGCGUUUCUCAUUCACCUGGAGUGGAUCCAGCUUAACUGUCAUGUGGGAACAUAGUGGCACAUUUUGUCAAUGACAUUUCAAUCACUGAAAAUGUGCACUACAUCGCGUAUGGAUUUUUAGGCCUGACAACUUACAUACAGAAAGCAUAGACGUCUCAGGUUAUUUGUUACUCUAAGGAAAAACCAUCUAGGAUGAUUUUCCCCCCUGCAGUUAUGUUAUCAAUCAUUCUUAUAACAUUGUAUGUUAAUAUAAGAUAUAUUUGCAUAAUAUGCAUACAUUUGUAUAUUUACCAAGAUUUUGUUUCUUAUGCUUGCUAUCAUGGCAGCAUGCAAUGUCAUAUUUUUCUUUAUGUGAUGUAACUACUUUCUGUUAACUAGAAAUUAAGAUUGAAGCUAAAACACUUCUAGUGUUCACUUUCAGAAACUAAGAUAUUCCUCAUGCCUUUGUUUCUGUAUCUGACAUAUUUCAUAAGCACAUCCAAUGACUCCUAGUCUUCCUAGGAUUCUGCAGGAACACGACCAGUACACACCACGUAUCACCCAACAACCCAUGACCGUUCUCUGAGGCAAAGAGGGCAACCUUACAACAAACACAGUCACUUGGUUCCUCUGAGCCACAGCCUCAUCAGUAUUUGGACUUUUUAAAGAUCGUAGAAACAAGACAAGGUGCACCGGUUUCAUAGACGCAACCUUAACUUACUAUUUAGAUGAGAUCUUUCUAAAGAAAAAAAGAGAAGAUAUAUUUUUUGUAAACAAUAUUUCUAUCACAGGCAUCCAUAAACUGAAAUGACUACAGUUGUGCAAACAGGUGUCACAGUGAAGUUAAGCAUUUGGAGAAAAAAUUUAAAAAAGCAAAAUAUGCUGGAAAGAAGUGCUAAAUUAAUACUUUAUCCCACUAUGCCACAUCUCUGUUCUGUUCAAAACUUAAUGAGCAGAGUCUAGUCCAAGACUCCUGUUGCUGGUCCAGCAUCCUCCACAUAGAUAGAAGCACCACCCUCGCUGAGGGUGUGUGCUGUGGGGACUGUCAGCACGAGCUGACCGCUACUUGAUUUUUCUUUGUUGGCCAUAACAACCAUUAAUUUGUGGGAGUCUGCAAUAGUUUCAAACCCAGCAUCAGAUAAUACAUAAUCCACAAAAUCUUAUGCUAGAAACAAUUUCCAAUUUUUAUGCCCCUUUCCCUCUUUCAUUCCUUUCUUACUUCAAUGUCUUCUCCCAAUCUCUGCUCUCUAGUUUUAAUUUUUUUUUUUCCUCUAGAGACUAGCCACUGAUUUCCUGGUCUUUGGCUUUUCUCUGGCAAUUUUUGUCAUGGGUAACAAUGGGAGAUCCUAAAAGCUAAGCAGUUUGGGAACAACCUUGUAAGUGGCCUUAUCAUUGUUAAUAUGUUAAAGAACAAAACAGCGUUUGCAACAACCUUAUCCCUUUCAAUACUUCAGGUAUCUUUUUCUGUAUUGAGUAAUUCAAGGUGUGAGCUCCACAUGCAGAAGAAGGACCCCAAAAUGCAAAUGAAUGGACAAAAUCUGUCAAGGGUUAAUUUAAGAGUAUAAUUUAUACUAUUCAGAACUGUGACAUUAAUUCUUUCUGGGAGAAGUGUGAUUCAAAACUUUUUUGAUGCAUAGUUGAGGUACCCAAAUAUCAAAGGCAGAGACCCUAUGGGGCUCAGAAAAGCUGCAGUCUACUUCCCAAGUUUUUCUGGACAUAAAUUUGCAUGGUAUAGUCAUAAUAGCUUUUGAGCUUUUUAUAUGCAUUUGGCACCAAGACUGGGAUCCACAACUUUGUAGACACUGCGAUGAAGUUAACAUAAUAGCUAUACUAUAAAUAGUGUUUGUAACUACACACACAUACACACACAAAUACAUACAUAUGUUCUGUAAAAAAAAACAACUUUUUAAGAUCCUUGGGUAUGUGUUUGCUUUAUUCCAUUUCAGAAGAAAAUUAUGUUUCUUCGAAUAAAAUUGUUUUAUAGCUUCUCCAUUUUUAAAAGCUAUGAGAAGUAUCAAGAAGAGAACUCUGUGCUGACAGAAGAGAGUUGAAUUUGAUUCUCUGUUCUGUUAAAAUGAUCUCUCAUUACUCCACAGUGGUUAUUUGAGCCAGUGAGUGAGCCGUGAUGAGAAAUUCUGAACCCAGACCUCUGAUAAUAAUGUGAAGAGGCUGUUACCUGCAUCCAGACCUCUUGAGUAAGCAGAGUAAAGUUUAGUUUGAGAUAUAAUGUGAUUUCUUUCUCAAUUGAAAGUAAUAAAAAGUUAAUUUUAUAAAUAUUCCUGUCUUUCCAAAAUGCUUCAUGGGGGCUCAAAAUGUACAGAAUAAUCUUAUGACAGUUUGCUGCUGUGACGUUCAGAUAUGCUCGAGACAAUUCAAGAGCCCUGGUACACAAAUCUCUACAGAGAAAGACAGAUAAGACUUGAGCAGUCUUUAAAACAAAUGUUAUUCCUGUUCACCAACCCCAGGACUGUAGAGGGGUUUCACUGUCUAUACCAUGGAAUAUCCAUUUCCCCUGAAUCUCAAAGGAACUAGAAAGUAUGCCAUGAUAAAAUUCUCAUUAGGUGUGAAAGUUACAUGCACAUCUGCAGGAUCAUGUGUUUUUAAUGCCAGCACCCAGAACUUUGACAUGUUCAAUCAUUCUCAUGGAAGGCGCUUCUCUCCUGUUUAAACAUGGAAUUGACAUUUUCACCAAGAUCAUCUCAGAGGUGAUCCCAAAGAUGCAUGGGACUGGUUUGAAGGGGACAGACACCCUGCAGUUGUAGGUGUCCGUUUUCAGCAUCUAUUAGAAAACCCACUGCUGUUUGUCCCUCAGUGGUGUGUUCCAAAAAGAGAAUGUGUCCAACUUUGAAUCUCCUGGCUUGAAAGUAUAAACUGGUCCAUAAAUCUUACUUUGACGCUGUACCUGAAAACCAGUUCACAUUUCUGGCCAUUUUAUGUAAGUAAAACUGAACAAUUGGUGAAAUAUUUUGUUACUCUUGGACUUGGUUCUGGCUCUCAUCUCUGUGUGAGCCAUCAGUCAGAGUAACAUUGAAUCUAGGGGCAAAAAGCUGCCCAGGUGGAUUCAGUUUUCCCAGGACACUAGCUAGUGUGCCUUGGAUUGAUUACCUCUUCUACUGCAUUGAAAGGUGCCAUGUUUUCCUGAAAUACUAAAUUCCCAACACCUGGGUAAACAGCAGCCUCCCAGAGAUUGGCUCCCAUACCAUGCCACUCUCUAGGGACAGCCCCAUGGACACAUUUUGUCAUUCUUGUCUCAUUUUUCUACUUCACAAGUCAGUGAGUGCAUUAAAGGUAAGUAAGUGCAGGAUUAUUCUAGUAGGUAUAGAUGAUUGCUGUCUUGAUCAAUUCCCAUGUUGAUUUCAUUUCAUUGUAAAGAUAAAUUUAAACCUGGUUUUGCUUAAGCACAUUGAUGUAAUUUUUGGUAUUAUUUGACAUGAAAAAACAGCAAAAUUGAGUGAUAGAUAAAAUAUGAAACUUGUUGAUGAAUGAAUUCAAAUUUAUUAAAAAAGGACUAACUGA